AUGACGUCUGCAACUUCACCCAUCAUUUUAAAAUGGGAUCCCAAAAGUUUGGAAAUCAGGACUCUAACUGUGGAGAGAUUAUUGGAGCCACUAGUUACACAGGUGACGACCCUCGUAAACACCAGCAACAAAGGGCCUUCGGGGAAAAAGAAAGGCCGGUCCAAGAAGGCCCACGUCUUAGCCGCGUCGGUUGAACAGGCCACCCAGAACUUCUUGGAGAAAGGAGAACAGAUUGCGAAGGAAAGCCAAGACCUGAAGGACGAGUUGGUGGCUGCCGUGGAGGAUGUGCGCAAGCAAGGUGAAACCAUGAGGAUCGCUUCCACAGAGUUUGCUGACGAUCCUUGUUCCUCCGUCAAACGGGGCACGAUGGUCCGGGCUGCCCGAGCUCUGCUUUCUGCUGUCACUCGCUUGCUCAUCCUGGCGGACAUGGCGGACGUCAUGAGGCUUUUAUCUCACCUGAAAAUCGUAGAGGAAGCGCUAGAAGCCGUGAAGAAUGCCACCAAUGAACAAGACCUGGCCAACCGCUUCAAAGAGUUUGGAAAGGAGAUGGUGAAGCUUAACUACGUAGCUGCUAGAAGGCAACAGGAGCUAAAGGAUCCCCACUGUAGAGAUGAAAUGGCUGCAGCUCGUGGCGCCCUGAAGAAAAACGCAACGAUGCUCUACACUGCUUCGCAAGCUUUCCUCCGCCAUCCGGACGUGGCAGCCACCAGAGCCAACAGGGAUUAUGUCUUCAAACAAGUCCAGGAAGCCAUUGCUGGAAUUUCCAAUGCGGCUCAGGCCACCUCACCUACCGACGAGAACAAGGGCCACACUGGCAUCGGGGAGCUGGCUGCAGCCCUGAAUGAGUUCGAUAACAAGAUCAUCUUAGAUCCCAUGACGUUCAGCGAGGCCCGAUUCCGGCCCUCCCUGGAAGAGAGGCUGGAGAGCAUCAUCAGUGGGGCUGCCCUCAUGGCCGAUUCGUCUUGCACCCGCGACGACCGUCGGGAGAGAAUUGUGGCUGAAUGCAACGCGGUGAGGCAGGCGCUGCAGGAUUUGCUGACCGAAUACAUGAAUAAC